AUGAAGGUCUCGCCCCUUCUCACCGAAUUCUUCGCGCAAUCGACAAUCGAUAAAGAUAAUAUGACGCUCCCCCGCCGGGAGUCUUGCGGUUGGCUCCUCUCACCUCCUGUCACGGCGACGUUUUCGAAGAAGCAGGUCGGGAAUCAACAUCGAUCCCUGCAGUUUGGAGUUGACGAUACGAUGGAGAGUAUCAAGGCUAAACGUCGACGACGGGCAACUGCCUGGCAGGUAUCUUCUGACGAUUCGCCUUAUCGGGACUCGAUGUUCUCCGAUGGCUUAAAGGACGACGGCGACGGCGACGACGGCGACAACGGCGACGACGACGACGACUGGGUGAUGGAGGAUAUCUUCAAGCCUACCACCUCCGGCACGGGAAACAGUCAUUCGAGCUACGGAAGUGCGACGUCCCAGGUGGAAGAGGAGGUAUGGGACGCCAACAUCGAAAGCCCCUCUCCAGAACCCUUCUACAAAGCCAACGCGAGAUCGAUCCGCGCCCGAUCCCAGGGCCACGUUCGUAGUCACGGCUUCCACCGCAGACUCCCAUCGCAGACCCAGCGCAGCCUCGUCGAGUCCGAGAGCUUCAGUCAACUCCAGCGGACCCCAGCAAUCCGGUCAGCACGUCGCCACAGCCCUGCCUACAUCGAGCCCUUCCCACCACCACUGGCGAUUCCCAAGGUCAAACGUCCGGCACCGCCGCCAUUCGCCCCCAGCAAGAGCCAGUCCAGCAACGACGUGCCCACGAAAUGGCACUCGUGGCCACCGCAAGCCGCCCCCCCGGUGCCCAGGACCCAAGUCCGGGCCCGAGCCAACCCAAGCAGCAGCACUCGCGCCGCCCCUGGCUACAAGCCUCCACACGUCCCUGCCGUCCACUCGGCGCCCCCCUCCUCGUCGCGCUUCCCACCCUCCCCCGAACACGACCUCAUGACCUUCUCCGAGACCUCCGCCUUCUCCGACGACGACGACGACGACGACGACAACGACCACGACGCCGCCGACGACGACGCCUGCCCCUUCGUCCUCGCCAUGAAGAAACUCCAGCUCAGCCACGGCAAGAGCGGCACGCACGGCGCCGCCGGCGAGAGGGAGAAGCUCCCCGCGGAAAUCACGGGAAAGAAGAAGACGACGCCGAGGAGGAGCUUCCGGCGCACCCUGACCUCCCUCGAGUCUUUCAUCAAGAAGAGGAAGGGGGGGACUCUCUGA